AUGGCAUCGUCGUCUUCUUCUUCUCACCCGCCGCCCAUUCCUCCGGUUCCGGACGCCGGCGGUGAAAACCUAGAUCACGAUGCUCAGUUCCCGCCGCUUCCGGUUCUUGUCGUCACCGAGCCUUCUCAACUUCCAGUUGAGUUCCUUAACCCGUCGCCGGACCAUGAACUCGUCGUCGGCUUGGAUUGUGAAGGCGUUGAUCUCUGUCGCACUGGAAAACUAUGUAUUGUGCAGCUUGCGUUUCCAGAUAUUGUCUACAUUGUUGAUGCUAUUGACGGAGGGAAGGCAGUUAUGGAAGCUUGUAAGCCUGCACUGGAGUCGAGUCACGUCACGAAAGUGAUUCAUGAUUGUAAAAGAGACAGUGAGGCAUUGUACUUUCAAUUCGGCAUUAAGCUGCAUAAUGUCAUUGACACUCAGAUUGCUUUUUCACUGAUAGAGGAGCAAGAAGGGCGGUACAGAGCGCCAGAUGACUACAUAUCUCUUGUUAGCCUGAUUGCUGAUCCAGACUAUUGUGGAGUGGAAUAUGCGAAGGAAGAGGUUCGUCUUCUUCUUCGGCAGGACCCUAAGUUCUGGGAGUACAGACCACUUUCUGAGAUGAUGAUACGUGCAGCUUCCGAUGAUGUCCGCUUCCUCCUCCACAUCUAUCAGAAGAUGAAGGAGAGACUGAAUGAAAGAUCGCUAUGGUGCCUCUCUGUUCGUGGUCAACUUUACUGCCGGUGUUUCUGCAUCAAUGACAAUGACUAUGCUGAUUGGCCACCACUCCCUGUACUUCCAGAGAGCAAUGAAGGAAAUGAUGAUGGCCCUGAGGAACAAAUCCUCACUGUUGUCAACGUUCCACCCGGGCAAAUGGGACUUGUAAUUGGAAAAGGUGGAUCUACAAUUCGGUUCAUAAAGGAAUCCUGCAAUGCUGAAAUUUUCAUUGGAGGGUCAAGGGGUCCACCUGAUAAGGUUUUUGUAAUUGGAUCCGUGAAAGAAGUGAGGAAAGGAGCAGCAAUUGUGAGGGGAAGGCUGAUCUCCUUCUACUGA